ACAUCGCACGGCCUGGCGCGGGCGUGCGAAGUUCGGCAGCCCCGGCUUCAGCUGCUCUGGGUCUGUGCGUCUGUUCGCGUUGACUUCCGCUUUGAAAUGCAGCGGGAUUUAGUGAGUUUCCCGCUGUCUCCAGCGGUGCGGGUGAAGCUGGUGUCUGCGGGUUUCCAGACUGCUGAGGAACUCUUAGAAGUGAAACCCUCGGAGCUCAGCAAAGAAGUCGGGAUAUCUAAAGAGGAAGCCUUAGAAACUCUGCAAAUUAUAAGAAGAGAACGUCUUACAAAUAAACCAAGAUAUGCUGGUACAUCUGAGUCAGGCAAGAAGUGUACAGCACUGGAACUUCUUGAGCAGGAGCAUACCCAGGGCUUCAUAAUUACCUUCUGUUCAGCACUUGAUAAUAUUCUUGGGGGUGGAAUACCCUUAAUGAAAACAACAGAAAUUUGUGGUGCACCAGGUGUUGGAAAGACACAAUUAUGUAUGCAGUUGGCAGUAGAUGUGCAGAUACCAGAAUGUUUUGGAGGGGUGGCAGGUGAAGCAGUUUUUAUUGAUACAGAGGGAAGUUUCAUGGUUGAUAGAGUGGUUGAACUCGCUACUGCCUGCAUUCAGCACCUUCAGCUUAUAGCAAGAACGCACACGGGACAGGAAUACCAAAAAGCUUUGGAGGAUUUUACUCUUGAAAAUAUUCUUUCCCAUAUUUAUUAUUUCCGUUGUCGUGACUACACAGAGCUACUGGCGCAAGUCUAUCUCCUUGCAGAUUUCCUUUCAGAACACUCAAAGGUUCGAUUAGUGAUAGUGGAUGGCAUUGCUUUUCCUUUUCGUCAUGACCUAGAUGACCUGUCUCUUCGUACUCGAUUACUAAAUGGCCUAGCCCAGCAAAUGAUCAGCCUUGCAAACAAUCACAGAUUAUCUGUAAUUUUAACCAAUCAGAUGACAACAAAGAUUGAUAAAAAUCAGGCCUUGCUAGUUCCUGCAUUAGGGGAAAGUUGGGGACAUGCUGCUACAAUACGGCUGAUCUUUCACUGGGACCGAAAGCAAAGGUUGGCAACAUUGUACAAAUCACCAAGCCAGAAGGAAUCCACAGUACUGUUUCAGAUCACACCUCAGGGAUUUAGAGAUGCUGUUGUUGCUACUGCGUGUUCAUUGCAAACAGAAGGUUCAUUCACUUCCCGGAAACGGUCACGAGAACCAGAGGAAGAAUAAUAACUCAAAAACGAAUCUCAGCUUAUGCAAACAUAUUGAUGCUGUGAAGUCGAUGUGUAUAAGUAGUAGAUUCAUUACUUUAAAAUAUAAACACACACUAUGGCAUGAAUGAAUCGGGAU